AUGCAACCUGCGUGGACUGUUUUUGGUCUCAUUUCCGGUAAGAAUCCGACAGCGUUUGCUCCUGGCGAACCCCCUCCUGUCCUCCCUCCUGACCCCCCCGACCAAACCUCCCCUCUCUCACCCGUAAACUUCCCUUCCCUCACUGACUCUACCACAAAAACUGCCCUUUCUGGUGCUACUCGCAAGGGUUACCGAAGGGAUCUACCAAUUCUCCCCCGUACUGAGCCUCCAACGGGAAGCCCAUCAAAUGCUCUUGCUCCAACUGAAUCCACUAACAUGGAGGUGGAGCUUGAAACCACAACCUUAUCUGCUUCUGGCUCUGUUUCAGAAAGUAGAUCUGUAACUGCUACAGAAAACCCUGUAGCAAAUCAACCUUUUCCAAGCCAAAACCUCACUAUCCUUCCACCAAAAAAUCCUAUCCCCAUCCAUACCAACCCUGCCACCUCCCCCCCUAAGUCAGCUACUCUUCCUGCUCAAACCAUUACCAAAAACCCCCCUCCUCUAGAAAGCCCGAACCCUAUCUCUGCAAAUCCAGAAGCUGUGAUUAACUCAACCCCAAAUCAAAUUCUGGUUGAGAAAUUCAGAGCAUCUAUGGAUAAGCCAUUGAGACGUCUUGCUCCUACUACUCUCUCACCGACUGGAAGGCCUCGAGUAGUCAUUCCUGAUGCUGUAUUCAAAAAAGGAGCAGAUAUUCAUAAAGAUUUCAUUAUUUGCUACUUCAAUGGGAAGUCUCUACCAUAUAAUCAAAUACACAAUUCUUAA